GGCAUAAAAACAGUGACUCGUCACCUACCCCAGCAGCAGCAAGCGCGAAGACCAGAGCACUGCUCCACCGCGCCAUGGCUUCCCAGUCUCCCCCCGCCCCCCUCCACCCACACCAGCUGCAGCAGCAGCCGCUUCCCCCGCACCAGCACCCCCACCCGCAGUACCAAGCUCCGCCUCCGUCGAUGCCUCCGCCGUCAGGGGCGCCGCCAAAGACCAUGGAUCUGGAGGUCAUCGUCGUUUCGGGUAAGCACCUCAAGAACGUCAACUGGCGCCGCGGCGACCUCCGCGCCUACGCCGUCGCCUACCUGGAUCCCUCCCGCCGCACCGCCACCCGCCCCGACGACGCCGGUGGAUGCAAGCCCGCGUGGAACGAGCGCAUCGUCCUCCCACUCCCGCCCCACCUAUCUCCGCACGACCCCUCGCUCCUCCUCUCCAUCGACGUAUUCCACUCCAAACCGUCCGAUUCGCCCAAGCCGCUCGUCGGCUCCGCCCGCUCGCCUCUCCGCGAACUCCUCUUCCCCGCUAACCCUAACCCUAGCUCCGACUCCGUCUCACCUCUCAUCACCCUCCCGCUCCUCCGUCCAUCUGGCCGCCCCCAAGGCAAGCUCCGCAUCCGCCUCGCCCUUCGGGAGCGCUCGCCUCCUCCUCCUGAGCCGCAGUAUCCGCCUCCUUCCUCCUCCCCCUACUAUUUCCCACCACCUCCGCCUCCCACCUACUCGGCCCCGCCACAGUACGGCUCAGAGCAGUACUACCGUCCCGGUGGGUACUACUCUGCGCCACCGCCUCCAUCCCAGUACGAGUACACCACAGGGCCCUCUGCACCUGUGGACUACAGCAGGCAGUAUGAGCAAAGAGCAAGGACUGAGGGUGGGACUGGCAGUGGAAGGUAUGGAGUAGGCACUGGGCUUGCUGUGGGUGCCGUUGCUGGGGCUGUUGGGGGGCUUGCGAUUGAUGAAGGUGUGAAGUACAAGGAGGAGAAGGCGGCAGAGAGGGUGGGGGAGAAGGUGGCACCAGCUGGGAGGGAUGAUUACAGCGAGUAUCGUGGAGAUUAUUGAUUGGAGUUCACGUGAGUGAGGAUGCACUGUGAGUUGGUUCUUCUCAUUUCCUGUCAACGUGGGAAUAAAGUUGCAGUUUGGUUUCGUGGUUUGCUCUGUAUAUGUAUAUAUUUGCUCAGGGAUGUGAAUUAUCAUGGUACCUGUGCUUAUGACUUGUGUUUUACGACAUUUGUGUGUAUCAAUGUAUCAUAAAGGUUUGGUGAUUAGCUUUGAAUCUGUACCUGUAACUUGAGCUCACACUGUUUAGUUAUCUCUUCUCUGAGUUGUGUCUUGUCCAUUAGGUUCCGUAUGUGCUUGGCAUUGUGAUGAACUCUAAUUGUAUGGUGUUUUAGUCAAAUUAUAUUACUUUGUGGAACAGGAACAGAAUAGCAAAUUUGUUA